AACUGCAGCCAUGGAGUCGAUUCCUCUGAGGCAUUCAAUCUCUGCAACCAAUCAGAGCUUCUAUUAAGAAGACAAAGAAACCCAGAAAAUCAAUUUCAGAGCAGCAGCCAAAGGUUUCAUCUUCACACCCCAACUCGGCGUUUUCGAAUCCAUUCCAAACUCUCUGGUUUUCAAGAUUCCAAGGGCUAUGCAAGGCCUUCGCGUCUCUUGCCAGCUACAGAAGUGAAAAUCUGCACAGAUAACUCAGUGGAAAAGCUGUUCUCAUCUUUAAGAGAUGACGGAUCUCAGUCUUUAUACAAGGUUAAGUUAGGUACUAGUAAUGUUUAUGGCUCAAGUCUCUCUGACUUGAAUGCUGGGAUCCUCCUUUGCGUGAUCAACGAAAAUGGUGACUCCAUAUUACAGAGGAUACCGUCGAGUAUCAUAACAAAUCAUGCUACAGAGUCGGAGGAUGGUGUGCUUCACUUUCAAAGAGGUUCUGUUGAUGAGUUCACCUUUGAGGGACCUAAGCUUGGAAAAGUUGGAGCUGUUUGGAUCAGUCUUGAAUCAGGUCAAUGGCGGUUAGGAAGUGUGAGCUUGACCGUUAUCUGUGGGAAACAAAGUUCGAUGGAAGAAAAAGACGAAGAAAAACUUCAGUAUACUGGUUUCAGUUACAACUUUGCUGUUGAGGAUAUCUUGCUGGGUGAGGGAAGUGACAUUUCCAUGGUGCAACUUAGACCUUGCCUUGUGACCGAGCUAUCCGGGGUUGAUCCCGUCACCAUCUUCACCAAAAGCCUCCCUGAAUCAACUCUAUCUGUGAGUGGGAUAUCAAACAAGGAAACCAUGAGAGAAUACGAGGAUUUGAAACUAUCUUUGCUACUUUAUGAUGCCAUGCUGAUCUUUGUUGGUACAUCAGUUGCAUCCUUCUCAGCUGGGGAAAACAUAAGCUUUGCAUUUUUAACAGGUGGGAUGGGCGGCUUCUUCUAUCUCUUGCUACUGCAAAGGUCGGUUGAUGGAUUGCCUGCUGCAGAAUUGACUUCCAUACACGGGACAGACCAACAAACCUUCGGAGGAUCUAAGGUUCCAAUAUUUGUCUUUGCAUUGGCUAUUGGUUUUACUCUAGUCACAGUGAAGUAUGGCGGGGAUGUCCCAAUCGUAUUCACUCCGAAACAACUCAUAGCCGGGAUGAUUGGAUUUCUUGCAUGUAAAGUUUCUGUGGUCCUGGCAGCAGUUAAGCCCUUACCAAUAAGUCUAAAGAUAAACGAGUGAUAUAUCUUCAGUGUAGACAACAUAGUUGUAUUGUAUAUAUUAGGAAAAAAAGAAAUUGCAGCUAAUACUUUCAUAGUUUCUUACAAAUUACACAUCACUAUAAGUUAAUAGAUACAAACUGUUGCAUA